GAGCACUUUAACUCAGGCUACGUUCUUGCGUUUGUUUAAAAUCGAUAUGGUUGAAGUUAUGACUACCUGUUUCGGUUAAAGUCAACUUGUGACUACCGUACAUCUUUGACUGGGGUUGCAUGUGCAAUUAUCUGGCCCUAGGCAGUCCCCAGAAGCCGAAAGUCUCUCUCCCUGAUAGCAAUCCAAUCCGACCAAAACUUGGUGGGGAGAGGGAGGACGACAAAGACGGCGAUCCAUAUUCCUCCAUUAGAGUUCAUACACAUUUGGACCGAGCAAAGCAAAGGGUAAUGGAAGAGAGUUCCGGUUACAAGGAAUAUGUAGCGGGCUUGCUCGCCGGUGUUGCCACCGUCAUCAUCGGCCACCCUUUUGACACCGUUAAGGUGAAGUUGCAGAAAUACAAUACUGAAGCACAUGGGAUUCGAUACAAGAGUGGUUUGCAUUGUUCUGCUAGGAUACUAGCAACUGAAGGAGUUAGAGGGCUUUAUACAGGAGCAACACCAUCUUUUAUUGGGGUGGCUUUUGAGAGUUCUCUCCUUUUUGGCAUCUAUUCGCAAACAAAACAGUCACUUCAGGGAGGAGUUCAGAGUAUUGGACCACAGCCCCAAGUUAUAAUUCCUUCUGCAGCCUUUAGUGGAGCCAUUAUCAGUUUUGUGUUAUGUCCUUCAGAGCUGGUGAAGUGUAGGAUGCAAGUUCAAGGCACUGACUCCUUGGUUCCAAAGUCCAGUAGAUUCAGUAGUCCUCUUGAUUGUGCAAUCAAAACAAUAAAAAGCGAAGGGGCAUUUUUCGUGGUGGGUCAACAACACUGUUAAGAGAAUUCAUUGGAAAUGCUGUCUUUUUUAGUGUUUAUGAAAAUGUCCGUUAUCAUAUGCAUUUACAGCUGAGACGUGGUUCACUGGACCAGAGCUACCUGACUGAUAUGGUAGUUGGUAUUCUAAGUGGUGGUCUUGGUGGUGUGGCUGUAAGCUUUUUUGACAGUCUUGCACUGCAAGUUUUUGAUUUGUGUUUCCCCUAUGGCCUUCUAAACUUUAUCCUUUUGAUCCUGCCUUUUCUAGUUCUGGUCAGCUGUCUUACCCUUGGAUGUGGCAAAAACCAUUAUUCAAACCACUUCAGAUAAAAAAUCCUCUAGAAAUCCUUUUCAAAUAUUGAAUUCAGUUUACAGAAGGGCUGGACUCAAGGGCUGCUACGCAGGUCUUGGUCCUACAAUAAUGAGAGCAUUUCCUGCUAAUGCUGCUGCUAUUGUCACAUGGGAGCUAGCUAUGAAACUCAUGGGCAUUAAGCAUGACUAGGAGUGGUAGUUUGUCUAACAUCAACAGAUUUCUGAUUCUUCAUUAUUUUUUUUCAUAUUGGUGACUGGCAUGAUCCCUUUUUUUUUCCCUGCCAAUUGACUUGCUGGAUGUAGUCCACACAAAUUCUUGACAUGAACUAUAAAACCAAGAGGUUUUACUGACAUGAUAUCAAAGCAUGAUUUUUCCCCAGAAUGAAUGGUGCCUCAACUAAUUUAUGUGCAACUGUAAUUCUUCAUAGUUCAUAGUUGAUAAAUGAAAAACAGUGGUCCAUGUGGAGUCUGGCUAUCAUGUACCCUCGCUACAGUGUCUUCUCUUUUACGCUACGCAGGAAGGACUACGUAACCGUCCUACUGUCUGACCGAGGACGGUUCAUUUUUAAAAGUCUCUGGUUGGAUUUCUUACACACUUGUGAACGAUAGAAUUUUUUUUGUCGUGUAACUUAAAUCUUUUGGGAGGGAGAAUAAAAAACAAAAGAAACCAAGAAAGUUGGAUUGGAGCAAAGUGCCUUAUUUACAAAGAAUAGAACUAUGGGGAUCUGAAUGAGCAUUUAUCAAUAUCUAGUUGAUUUAAGUUUUUAGUUUUGGUUGAUAAAGAAAUUAACUUUAU